GCAGCUGGCUGAUGACAGUAAUGGAUACUGCAAGCAAGCAUAUUUCUUUGAUGUUAUGUAGCCUCAAACUCUUGUUGCUGUUCUCACAAAUCUUUGGAUCUGAAACAAGUAGCGUUGACCCCAAUGGAUAUGUAGUCUACUGCCCCUGCAUGGGUCGUUUUGGUAACCAAGGAGAUCAUUUUCUGGGAGCUCUUUCCUUCGCUCAUGGUCUGAACCGAACUCUUAUUCUUCCACCAUGGAAUGAAUACCAUACCAAAAACAAUUGGCGUGCUGUUCAAAUUCCCUUUGACAAGUACUUCAAGGUUGACCCGCUCCGUGAAUAUCACCGGGUCAUCACCAUGGAAACCUUCAUGGAGGAGUUAGCCCCAUCUGUGUGGCCAGAAGGGAAACGUAUAGGUAUGAAGAUGGUCUCAAUGGGAUUCUGUAACCAUUUUAGAGAUAAAACUAAAAGAGACUGCAAGAUGAAAGAAGGUAAUCCUUUCGGGCCAUUCUGGGAUAACUUUGACAUCGACUUCAACGAGUUUGCAGAAUAUAGUCCGCUUUCUUAUAAUAACACACAUGAACCACUUGCACGAGGAAUGUGGGAAGAAAGAUUUCCAGUUUCAGAGUAUCCAGUGAUUGCGCUUCCUGGGGCUCCGGCCGCCUUCCCGGUGACGAGGGAGAACAGAGAGCUCCAUCGAUAUCUCCACUGGUCUGAAGAAAUCGAGAAGCAAGCAGAUAAAUUCAUCGAGGAGAAUCUCUCUGAGGGACCAUUUGUUGGGGUGCACAUACGACAAGGCUCAGACUGGAUUAAUGCAUGCAGGCAGGUGAAAAAAAGCGCGAAGCAACGUUUUGCUUCGCCUCAAUGCCUUGGUUACAAUAACGAAUUUGGCAACUUGACAGACGACCUGUGUAACCUAUCGUUUGAUCUCGUCAAGGAACAGAUUAAAGCCGUCGUCAAGAAGAUAAAAGCUAAGGGCGUGUUUAUCGCAUCUGAUGUGGAACCGGACAUCAAGGCCCUGAAAAAGUUUCUGCCUUCAAAGGUGAAGGUGGUCCAACACAAACCAUCUGAGCCACACGUUGACCUUGCCAUUCUAGCCAAGUCUGAUCAUUACAUCUGCAAUUGUGCCUCGACAUUUUCAGCGUUUGCGAAAAGAGAGAGGGACGCAGCAGGUAAGCCCUCAUCCUUCUGGGGAUUCGGGGAAGACUACGAAAAGAUUAAAAAGAAAAAGUCAAAGAAAUUUCCCGAUGAGUUUUGAGGACUGCUACACUACUUAAAUUAAAAAUUAAAAAACAUGGUUUUGAACAUUGUUUAGAAUUAUUGUGUGAACAUUCUAUGGAAAUACUUUGAUCAGAUGCGUUCCGACUGUCAACAUCCUCAUCCUUAUCCCCAUCGAAUAAUCUGGUCAAUGUGACUGGUAUACCAGACACAUUGCGUCAAACUUUUGUCAUAUAGUGUUAAAACUAAAGAGCUGUGAAGCCAGCUUGAAAAGAGUGUUGAUCACUGUGUGUUUGAAUUUUUCAAAUGUUCCAGUUCUGCACUUUUCAUAAAGGCUGCUUUAACUGUACACUCUUGUUUGGCCACAGUGGAUAUGUGCCUCUGUUUUACUAUGUGCACUGUGGGUUACAUAGUGUUGCUCUCAAUUGGUUAAUGUGUCACAGUGGCCAAAGUAAUUCACAUUUUGCCAAUAUUUCACUGUGGCCAGAAUAGUUCACACUUUGCCAAUAUUUCACCGUGGCCAGAAUAGUUCA